AUGUCGAAACUUGAAUGCUUACCGAAUGAAAUUUUGAUUGAAAUUUUUGAAAAAUAUUUCAAUGGUUUGGACAUAUUUUGCAAAUAUUUUAAUAAAUUUAAUCAACGAUUCAAUUGGAUAUUUCUUCAAUGUCGAAAAUUGAAUAUGAAUUUGAUUGACAGUCGAUCAGAUGAAUUUCGAUAUUGUGUCGAUCAUCUUUUAACAACUUAUGAAAAUCGAAUUACACGAUUAGUCUUAUCGGAUUGUGAAACACCUGGACAAGUCAAGUUAUUUUUACAAAAGUUUCCUUCAUUUCAACGAUUUCAACAGUUAAAUUCGCUUUAUAUUCAUUGUACUGAUCCCACAAUCGAUUCGAAUCAAUUUCAAAAUGCCAUUUUUUCGUUAACGAAUACAAAUGUUCGAAAACUCACCGUGAAAAUCGCGAGUAAGACUCGAUUUUCUUCCAAUGAAACCUUCAUUUCUGGUAUAUUUUCCAUCAAAUCUUUAAAAUCUCUUUCAUUAUCAUUCGAUGGUGAGAAUCCCCACUUAAAUUUAUCCUUCUCGACUCAAUUGAACCUGGAACAUUUAAUUCUAAUUGGAAUCGAAUGCCUAUCGCCUACUUUCAAUUCCCUUUAUCGUCACAGUCCACGUCUUCGCACUCUUCACAUCUCAGUUAUUGCUUUACCUGUUCAACUCAACACAAUUUCUCUUCAAUUUGAACCGUUACUCCAACUUGAAAGUCUUGUUUUACAUAUAAAUUAUCAGUUUUAUAUCGAUGAUUUGUCGUUAUAUCUUUCAAAUUUUCCUUCUUUAAAAUCAUUGCAAAUCAAUGGUCCAAUCGAAUUAAUUUCUUCUAAUUCUUGGCAACAAUUGUUCAAUCAUUACUUACCCAAUUUGAAGUAUUUUACCUAUAAAACGAAUUUAUCUCGUUUAAAAUUCUAUCAAACAUUCAAUGCGGAAGGUGUUGACGCAUUUUCGGAUCUCAAGAACGAUUUCCACGUUAUCUUUGGUAAACAUGAAUCGCACGGUUUUCAUAAAAGAAUCAAAGAGCGCCUGCGUCGUCGUGAAGAUCAUGUUCAUUACUUCGAUGAAAGUCAUCGAUCACUUCUUCAAUGGUGGUGUAUUCCAACUGAUCAAAUCGAUAAGACAGUUUCACAUUUAUCGCUUUCAAAUCAAACUUCACUUUUCUCAUCGAAAAUUUAUUUUGAUAACGUCAAAGUUUUGGAAAUAUUUAAUUUAAAUGCGGAUUUAAUCAGUUGGAUAACCAAAUCGAUCAAUUGUUCACGAGUUGAUGAACUGACCGUUUCGUUGUGUGAUGAACAACCUUCAAUUCUGAAUUCAUUGCUUAAAAUGAUGACAAAUGUUCGAUUACUUGAUAUUAAUUAUGAUUAUUUAUCGGAGAUUUCUGAAGAAACUUGUCCUCAUUUGAAAUGUCUCGACAUCUCAGAUGAAAUCCAUCGAUUUCACGAAGAAGAUCUCAUUCGAAUUGCUCGACUCUUUCCAACUCUUGAACAUUUACUGAUCAAUACCAAUGAUUUAUUUAACGUUCCAUUGAUAAAUGAACAUUUUCAUCAUCUUCGUACUUUAACUUUUCGAAUUCCAGAAAAAUAUUUUCAUCGAUUAGCAGAUUUCAAAGAAGAUUCUCAAAUUCCAUUUCUCUACCAAAUUGAAUUAAAUUGGAUCAAAAUCUGGAUCGAUCAAUCGACAUUUGACAAAUCUUUUUGGCAAAAUUUUUCUUUCAAAAAUUGA